AUGUGGCAGACUGGGCUGCACUCGUCGACGUCUUUAUAUUGGAGUUGUACGCUUGGAGCAACUGGCACUUCGACAGGAAAGCCAGCCUCGGUCGCGCACCGCUGCUCAGUCUCAGCAGCGGGCUUCCGCGCUGCCCCGAUGCCGUGUAUCCGUCGUGGUGUCUGCACGUCACGCACGCACUCGAGGACUUCAAAUCCCUUGAAGAUGCAACGGAACACUGAUCCGGCGGGCAAUAGCAUAGGAAUCGAACCGACUGUGCGAGUAGAGGACGUAUACAAGUCGUUCCAAGAUAAAAAGAAAAGCCUCUUCUCUUGGCGUUUUGAAGCGUUGACAGUUCCGGCUCUCAGGGGGGUGUCCCUUGACGUUUACGCUGGUGAAGUCUUCGGUUUACUUGGCCCGAACUCUUCGGGCAAGACAACGCUCUUACGUUGCAUGUCGACUUUGUGCAAGCCAGAUCGAGGUGCUGUGUACGUGUUAGGCAAACAUACGGUGCGAGAGUCCUUUGCGGUGCGGCAUUGCAUAGGAGUGGUCUUUCAAGACGCCGGUGUUGAUAAAAUUCUCACUGGGCGUGAGCAUAUGGAACUCUUUGGAAACUUGUACCACAUGCCACCCGCUCAUUUGCGUCGUCGCAUUGAUGAACUUGUCGGCAUGCUAGAACUCGAGCCCUACGUGGAUCGCCUAACGGGCACCUAUUCGGGAGGAAUCAAGAGGCGCCUCGAUCUCGCUCUAGGGCUGCUGCAUGAACCUUCAGUUCUGUUGCUUGAUGAGCCCACGGUCGGCUUAGAUCUUAGCAGCCGGCGAGUUAUCUGGAAUGCUGUUCGAAAAUAUGCUACAGCGGGGAAUACGAUUGUUUUCACGUCUCACUACUUAGAAGAAGUUGAGAUUCUGGCUGACCGAGUCGCUAUUCUGGAUGAGGGGGUCUCGAUCGCGGUCGGUUCGCCGCCAGACCUGAAACGCCAAAUCGGUGGUAGACGGUUCACGAUUCGAGUGGAGGAGUUUUGUCCAGAAAAUAUUGCCCAGGCGGCUCUGGAGGCGCUACGAAGCGAGGGCAUCGUAGAGAGGGCGCAGAUCAAUGCAUUUGAUUACAAUGCGCUCGAGCUAUUUGUUGAGCCGGAGCUGCUGGAUCAGCUAGGUAUUGAUCCUUCGUUGAACGAGGAUGAAGCCUAUUCGGUGUACGCGGAAAGAAUUCGUCAGACACUGAAAGGAAAAGGAUUUGAUCUCUUCGGUAUUACGGAACGAGGUGUGAGUCUGAGCGAUGUCUAUAUGUCGUUUGCUGGGCGCGAUUUUCGCGCUGCAGAUGAAGCCGCGCGAUUGGAUGCAAGCACGAAAAAGCGGAAACCAAAGCGCCGUUCCAGCUUGGAAAGCUAG